UGCAUCUGUACAUGUUCGGAACACUUUUUGGCGUCUGGAGCAAUAUCCGUUGCAAACGGUUGUUUCAUGAUGGCAUAUUAGGAUAGGGAACGCAAUUGAACCGACGAAACAGUGGAAGUAGAUACAAUCUACUUCAGAUAGAAGAUAAUACAAAAUGGCUGAAUCAAAUUGUGAUCAGGUCCCAGGAGGAGCAGAGGAAAUGGUGGAAGCACUAAAUGACUUGCCAAGUACAGAGGACCUGGAGGAUCCACCGUUACCUCUGCAGCUGAAACCAUUUGAGGACUUCUACCAAGGAGGAUCAGUGACCAUAAUUCACCCAGAUGAAAUCACAGAAGGAUGGGACGAUCUCUGCGGACUUAACAAUUCAAAACUUAUUUUGAAUGAAAAACUGGUGAUGCCAUUUAAGUUCCCACAUCUCUUUGAAGGAAGAAUAAAUACCACAAAAAAUGUGUUAUUGUAUGGGCCCCCUGGCUGUGGGAAGUCUAUGCUGAUGAAGGCCCUGGCCAAGGAGUCACGGGCCUGCUUGAUGAUUGUCAACUCCUACUCCAUGAUGUCUAGGAUGAUGGUCAAGGAUCAAGCCCAAUUUGUGAGAGCAGUGUUUGCUUGUGCUGUAGCCAAUCAGCCCUGUAUCGUGUUGAUGGAGGACAUUGAAGUGUUUGUCGAUGAGGGAAACUACAGAGGCCAGAGAGGUACUUUUCCAGCACAUGCAAUCAAAAGUGACUGCUGCCAUCCCUGUCAUCGCCAUGACAAGGUUUCCAUGGUUACUCAACAAACAAAUGAUGUUGAAAAAGAGCUUCCCGACCCUAGUGUAUGUUCCGAUGCCAGAUUACUCUAGUCGUUAUUUGCUAUUCAAGACACAAAUGAAUGCUCAACCUUCUGCCACUGAAGAGGAGGUCGAGGAAUUAGCUAAACACACUGAGGGAUACACCAUAUCAGAUAUACUUGUUCUGAUGAGAGAUGCUGCUUUGGAGCCAGUGAGAGAAAUACAGCGUGCAACACAUUUCCGGAUGGAAAGACAUCAGUCCGUGGAUAAACCAGACGAGAUGAUGGAUAUGGAGUCAGU